CACUCAUUAAGGGUUAUGGUAUAAUAUCAGACACAAAAAUCCUGGUAAUUCAAGGUCUAGAUAGAGUUUUAAUUACUCGAGGUAUGCGGUACCCCGGAUUUUACCCGGGGUACCAUAGAAGCCACCAUAUAUAUAUAUAUAUAUAUAUAUAUAUAUAUAUAUAUAUAUAUAUAUAUAUAUAUAUAUAUGUAAACAUGUGGAGUAUCAGACUCAAGAAAAACCUAAUAAGAGUUUCGGCUCGGAGAGUUCUAGCUCUCACGUGGACUAGUCCCGAUAUCGGGGAAACCACGUAAACUGUGUGUCUCGUUUUCUUCUUUGUUUUGUAUUGAGAGUGUUUUGAUACUAGCUAACCGAGAUUCACUGCCUUUUAGAUUUAGACGGGCAAGUUAGGAUUAAACAUAUUUAAUUUCUAGGGUGUUAAAUUUUGUAGUCGAUUAUCUUAUAGCUCAGACAUUUUCUUUCGAUAGAGAUGCACGUGUCUUAAGCUCCAUCCCAUCUGUAAUGUAUUGGAUGUACUUCCAUCUAGUUGGGGUAGGGAUGACAAUGGGUCGGGUUUUGUCAAACCCAAACCCAUGGGUUUAUCUGUGAAAAAAAUCCGGGAUAAAACCCACUGAGUUUGAAAAACUCAAACCCAACCCAACUCGCUGGGUAUCCACGGGUUUAUGGGUACCCACGGGUUUUUGUCGUAAAAAAAUUACAAUAACAAGUUCCUAUCAAAAUUAAAGUCAAAUAUCAAUCUCUCAGUACAAAUUAUCCAUAUAUAAAACAUCAUUCUAGAAAUUCAAGCAAAUCACAAAUUAACUAUACAAAUUGUUCAACACCAAUCUAGAAAACUCAAGAAAAUUUAAGCAAAUCACAAAUUAUCCAUAAACAACAUGAUUAAUUGAAAGUUUCUUCCUUUCAAUUAAGUUUCUUCACUCUACACUCGAUAAACAUCAACUUCAUUCUAAGGUUUCUUCUUUUUCUCUUCUUGUUCUUCCUCUUUCUCCUCCUCGUUCAAAAUUCCAGCCACCAAAUGAAGCCCAAAAAGGAAAGAAAACAGAGAUAGAAGACAACAAAAAGAUGCAAAAAAAGAGUUCAUCUCCACUUCUUUCUUCUUUAGCCAUACACAUACAGAAAGGGGACUGAAGACUUCUUCACCUCUGUCCCUUCCAAGCACACCACCAAUCCCAGCGAAAAAGAAAGAACAAACAGAAGCUAAAACACAAAAGACAGGAGCCGAGUAGCUGUAGAAUUGGAUGAAAGUGAAGCAAGAGCAUGGGAGCCAACGACAAAAGCCAGAGUCAUUUCCAAGCGCUACAAACAACCAACGGUUGGUACUCGGUGACUCUGCUCUCCCUGGGAACCGGAGGGAUUCGAAAUAACCGUAGGCCUCUGGAGAAUGAGGAGCCCAGAGAUUAUGAGAAUCGAUGUGAUGUUCAGUGGCAUCGUGUCUCGGUUUGCCCUGAGAGAUUGGGGGAUAUUGUCAUGAAGAAUAUUGUGCCCGGGGAUAAAACUGCAAGAGGACGAGAAAGAGCGUGCCAAGAGAUCCCCUUCCAAAUGCCGAUCCGUUUACAGAAGCGUCUCCAUGCAGUGGUGGACUGGGCGAUCUGAAGGCCUUUGUGGGAUAAUAUGCACCCAUCCUCGCCUCUGCCACCGUGCGUUUCAGCAGUUUGCUGGCCGACGCCAUUGUGCGUCGCCGAUUCCGACUUUCCUUCACCCAUAAAGUUCUUUUUCCGGGGGCUUCUACCUCUCUUUUUGCAGGAUCUCAAAGGAGUUGCGGGCUGAGGUCCCCGGACCGGCGAAUCUUUCCGACGGAUGGCCACUUUUUCGGCGGCCGCAAUAAGCGCGACGGUUACAAUCUUUUGCAGUUGCUUCUCUCAUUCGUGGGCAGACGGUUACAACUCCCAGUGGAUUCCAACCGUCCCAAGAUAAGUAUUUUUAAUUUCUCUCUAAUUCUUUUUUGUGUUCCGGUUUUCAUAAUUACCGUUUUCAUUUUUUUUCGUUUUCCUUAUCAUAAUUGCACGUUUGUUUAUUUUUUGAUUGAGUUUGCCACGUUCUAAACUUCUUUUCCUUGAUUUUUUUAUUUAUCAAGUCUCUUAUCCUUUUUAUUUAGUUUCUAUUGUGUUUUUGUCCCAUUUCCGUCGUUCUCUGAUUAUGGUUGGAAAUUAGGGAUGUGUUUAUCCCUUGCUUGUGGUUGCAUCCUGUUUUGUGCACUUUUUCACUUCUUGUUCUCUAUAACAAAUUAAAUGGCUUUCUCAAAGGAAUGGUUGCAUUUUCAGUAGGCAUUCUAGAUACACUUUUUAUUUGUGUUUUUAGACUCUCUUGUUGGUGGGAAUGGCUUUCCUGCUUGGUACAUUUAGUGGUCGGUUGGUUAAUCCUCGACGAGGAAGCGUUUUGCUUGAGAUUAUAGAUUUCUGUCUUUUGCGGCUAUGUGUUUGCUCAUUUUGCAGGUACAACUGCUAAUAGGGCUGCCCAUUUUGUGGCAUAACAGGCCCUUUCAUCGGAAGUUCGACUAUUUGUCGACUACCGCACGGUGUUUAUCUUUUGUUUUUUGACUCUGUAUUGGCUAGGGAUUUACCUAGCUACUGUCUAUGUUAAAAAAAAAAAAAAAACAUCAACUUCAUUCUACAUAAUUUGAAAGAAAAUAUUAGACAUGUCUCCACAAACAUAAAUAAUAUUAGUUGUUAAAAUAUUAAAUAUACCGAGAAAAUUAAUUAUAUGAGUGUAGGCUGGUCCCAUGGACCGGGUUUACCUAAACCCAAAACCAACCCGGUGAAUAGUGAACGAGUUUAAAUCCAAACCCGACCCAAAAUCCAUCAACACGGAUUUUACCCGUUUUGACCGGGUUGGGUCGGGUAGGUACCCGUGGGUUCAGGUUUUGUUGUCAUCCCUAGUUGGAGGUUGCACACUUCCACUCCAAGAGUCAAUUAAUGAAUAAGAUUGGUGUGCCUUUUAAACGCUCCGUUUUUUACAACAACAGCAAAAAUCCUGGCACGAGCCCGAUUUUAGUAAUGUCCUUUCGUAAGUGUACCAAUUUUUAUAGAUUAAAAUUGCAUUACUGGAAUUUGAACACAUACCACUCAAUUGAAGAAAGAGCACGAUAACUAACUUUCUUUUUGGAUGAAACACCACAACAAGUUAGACUACAUUGUAUUUAUUGCAUUUUUUUCCAUUAAACACUAGAAACAUGUUUGGUGUUUGAUGUUUCAUCUUUAUCAUUCAUUUGAGGUUAUUUACAUUUUAUGGAAGGAUACUAAUUAUGAAACCGUAACUCAAGUAAGAUUAAUUUGAAUAUUAAUUAUUGAAUGUUACUUUAGACAAAUACACACAUAACCAAAUUUUAGAAAAAUAUAAUUAACCUUUUAAUAAUAAUAAUAUACUCAUUCUAUGCUAUCCAUGAAACUGUUAAUGUUAAGAGCACUAUCAAUGAUGUUGACUAGUUUAACUAAAUAUUAUGGCGUGACAAUUUUUUUGUAUUAACAUGCCAGCUUGAGAUUUUGGACAAUUUUAUUCUAAUUAACUUUAAUAAAAUAGAAAAAACAGAAAAAAGAAAAAUAAUGAUUAUUUUUAUUCAUAUUUAUCAUUUAUUUGAAGUUAUUUAUAUUUUAUGGAAGGAUACUAAUUAUGAAGCCGAAACUCAAGUAAUAUUGAUUUGAAUAUUAAUUUUUGAAUCGUACGCAUGAUUUACUUUAGGAAAAUACUCGUGCAUAACCAAAUUUUAGACAAAUAUAAUUAAUUUUUUUAAUAAUAAUAAUAAUAUUUUCAUUCUAUCCAUGAAAGAAUGCAUGUACUCGUUAGAAGUGUCUAUCAAUUUUACAAAUAUACAAAAUCUUACCCUUUUAAGUUUCACUUUUAUGUUUUACGCUUUAACCCAUUUUUCUGCUUCUAUGUAGAAUUGUGUCUUUGACUACAUGUUUACAUGCUACGCCCAUCACCCAACAACCAUACAUGUAUAAGUUGGUAACAUUUGUAUGAUCGUUAAAAAUUGACACAAUUUUAAAGUUAUGAUUGAGUCCAAGUACACACAAAGGUUGUGUGAAAUUUUAUUUGGUCAUGAACCUCAACAUUUCACAUAAUAUAUAUGAUUCAUUUGCUUAUACAAUAGUAAUAUGUUGGGAGUCAUAUUAUAAUAAUAUUUUUUGUCAUAGUAUAGUAUUAUGAGAUAUUGGAGAAAACUAAAAUUUUCCUUGGCAAUAUGAAAUUAAAGAUACAUAACAGAGCUUUGAACAAUUGAUAAUAAAGAUUAAUCCUAUGAUCGGUUGGAAUUUGUGGUUGAUUGCAUUCUUGACCCAUCUUCUUAUCGACUACAGUAUCACAAUUUGUCUUUGCGCAAGCAAUCGUAAAAUAUCCACAUUGCAAGCAUAUGUGGAUAGUAAUCCACAUUAGCCUCAAUUUUCUGUUUUUAUUUGUUCUUCAUUAACCUGAUUCUUCGACCCUCUUUCUGAUUUGUAAUUCAAAAGAAGUAGAGCGGAAAUGAUCGAAGUCAAAGAAGGGAUCGAUCCCGACAAUUAAGAAUGAAAUAAGAUAGAAUUGAAGACGAGAAGGAAGGAUUGGAGAAGGAGGAAAAUAGUCUAGAGCAAAGAUAGAAGAAGAACAUAGUAAGAACCAAGACGAAGAUAAGGUCAAGAUAAAACAAAUAAAUUAGAAAAUAGUUU